AUGGCGCCCUCCAUUGUUGUGUCGCCGCUACGUUGUUGCUGUUUUUUGUUGUUUUACCUCCCGCACAGAAGCUCUUCUCAGCUCUUAAAUGAACCUUGUUACAAACCCAUACAAGACAGCAGGCCGGACUUUGUCAGGUAAGUUGAUAAAUAGAACACGAUGUCUUGACUUUGACCCUUUCUUAUUUCUUAUAGGCUUAUACUGUUGGUAAUCUUCAGUUACAAAAGUUGUUGCUAAAUCACAUUUAAUAUGUUUUCCUGACGUUAAAUUGUUAUAGAACGAGCUUUGUUUUUCUAUCAAGAAAUGCCUUGUGUUUAUUGUGUUUAUUUUCCCACAAGUAGAGGUACACGGAUGAAAAGAUUAUUUUUCCCAUUCCAUUAUUGGUUGCUAUCAUAAAAGUUUACCAUCUUAAAGAGGUUCAAUUAUGAUAUUAAAAAAAGGUCGUGUACUGUCAGAGUGCAGGCAUACGGCGCCCCUCAGGCAAUCCUUCUAAAAAAAAAAAAAAGAUUGACAUUUUUUCCAUACUAGUGUAGUUUCAUAUACAGUCAAACCUGUCUUAGCGGCCACAUUUAUAGAACGGCCACCUGCCUAUAGCAGCCACUGAAAAAUCCCCCGCAGCAAAUUUACAUGUUAUAGACCCUGUGUAUAGCAGUCACCUGUCCAACCCAGCCAGCGGCCACCCAUUUGGUCUCCCUUGGUCAAUAUCUGACUGCAUAUAGCGGCCAAAUUACCAACUCAAGUAGAAGCUUCAUGCACGAAAAAGUUUUGUUUUUCAAUCAAUGAAGCCGUCGUGUGUAGACUUUAAUUACUGAGUCCUAGCUCAGUCACAAUCAUUCACAAGAUCCACACAAACUGUCAGUUGUUCCACAUAAAAAAGCUGUCUUCUUUUGAGCUUGCUAUUUCCUGGUCAAACAUGUAACUUUAAGAGCAUUUGCACCAUUUGCACCGAAGCAUUACCGCUAAUUAGGCUGGGAACAGGACGUGCUCCCAGUGACACUACAAUAAAAAAAAAAAAACAUACGCUAGCAUGCAUGCAGCAGCGGGAGCAAAACUGAGUUCGGUUGUACUUAAUUGAAGUAUUUUAGAAUGUACUCACGUUAUUUUUCAUCAAUCCUCAUCCACAAAUCCAUCAAAGUCCUCAUCUUCUGUAUUCGACACAAACAAAGCCGUCUUCUUUUCCGUUCGCUACUAGUCUGUUAACUUGUCAGUUUUAUUCAGCUCUGAAGCAAAGAAGGAAACUUCUCCUGUUGCUUCUGCCAACUUUAUUUAUUGAACGCGGCCACCAGACAGCAGCUCAGAACACACACACAUCUCUCAGCAUCGUCUCUCCUUCCUGCUUGCCCACAAGGCAAAGGUUAAACAAGCCCCACUACAUUGCUGUCCAGCCAAUGCCUGUAAGAAAUGACACCGUUUAUUUCCUGGUGUGCACUGGUCAAUACUGUAAUGCCGCUUGUUGUGAGGAAGGAGAGACUCACGUCGCCGAUGCACUUUAAUCGCUUUAUUAACAGCGGAGAACACUGCAAGACUUUACAUCCACGCCAACAUAAACACACUUCCCAACUCUCUCGAAACUCACAGCUAGCACUGAGCGUUGCUCUCCUGCUCGGGACGCCCACCGUCACUUCCCGUCACUUCCUGAUGAACUAAAGCUGUAAUGACACUCUGCCGUAUAAAAAGUCAAGUAUUAAAAACAAGCGUAAGACAUUACUAGCACAGCUUUGUUCUGUGGGUCGUGGAUAUAUUCUAUCAGUUAUUAUUAAGCCUCUAGCUUCCUUUUAGUAAGUAAAAACCUUGGCUAUGAUUGCACUACAUUGUCAUGUAGACCUACAAAGUACACUUGGAAGAACAAGAGGUGAAUAAAUGUAUUGCAACUGAUGUGAAACUGAUGAGGGGUAGGAUUAAAUAAGCUUUGCUUCUUCCUACUCCUUUUUGGACAUGCAAAAUUGUGAAUUGUACUAUGUGAUGUGCUACUGUUUGACUCAUGCAUGUUCAGGAUUAAAACCAUGAACCAUGAUAAUAACAAGCCUAGUAGUGCUGUACAACCUUUAUCCGCAGUCCGCAGUGCCCUCUACUGGUCAACAUUAUUAUUAUUAUUUUUUGCCUUUUUUUUUUUUUUCCUCUACUGGUCAACAUUCAAACUGGACGCCAACCUGUUUAUAGAGGCAACCUGUCUAUAGCGGCCACUUUUGCAGACUCCCUCUAGUGGCCGCUAUAGACAAGUUUGACUGUAAUUGAUCGUAGCUGUGCGCCACUGCAAAAUAAAAGCCGCCACACCUUAAAAAUUAGUUGUUGUUUUUUUCCAUCCAUCCAUUUUCUAUGCCGCUUCUCCUCAUUAGGGCCGUGAGGGUAUGCUGGAGCCCCAGCUGACUUUGGGCGACAGGCGGGGUGCAGCCUGUACUGGUCGCCAGCCAAUCGUAGGGCACAUAUAGACAAACAACCAUUCACACUUAAGGACAAUUUAGAGUCUCCAAUUAACCUAACGUGCAUGUUUUUGGAAGGAAACCGGAGUGCCCGGAGAAAAACCAUGCACGCAUGGGGAGAACAUGCAAACUCCACACAGAAAUGCCUAACGGAGAUUUGAACCCAGGUCUUCCCGAUCUCCUGACUGUGACAGUGUGGCCAACAUGCUAACCACUAGACCACCGUGCGGCCUGAGUUGUUUUUUAAACUUGAAAAUUAUUUUAAGUAGUACAGGUAUAUUGCAUGAAUGCAUAUAUGCUAUAUAGAUACAUAUAUAGCUUAUUCUUUAUGCACAUAUUGACCACAAAACGACUUAAAAUAUCAUAAAAAUGUUUCACUGUGCUUUAUUUUCAUAAGCAUGCACCAGAAUCGCCUGUCUGCCUUGCUGGCACUUGGGCAUGUGACCAGAUAUGCAACAAAUCUUGUGUUGACUUUCAGUUUGUUUCUUAUUAUAGGGAGAAUAAACAAUAUCCCAUAAAAUGUGUAGUCAAUUGACGACUAUGGAAUCACAGCAGUACCAAAACAAGGAAUAACAAUGUAAAGAGAAUCAAUAAUAAAAUGUAGUCAUAUUCUUUUUCCAUUUUGUCGUUGCUUUUCCUGUUUUGUAUUUGUAUUUUCAAUUUGCUUUUUGUCAUUGCAUUUACUGUAUUGCUCAAGAUGGCGAUUAAAGGCAAUGGCAAAACAAUCAUUCUGCCAGGAUGACUAGUCCAUACCCGAUCACACGAUUUCUGCUAUAUGUUGGCUCUUGGCGCAGGUGACCGGAAGAAAUGUCACAGACAGGAAGUAGACGCACAUCCACAUUUAUUUGAAGUAAAAGAAGGAAAGUUAAAGGGCUCAUGACACCAAAACACAUGUUAAUCGUAUUAUUUUGAAAGGCAUUUUUCCUAUGUUAGAUGUGUGCUCGAAUUAUGACUUUUUUAAAGGUUUUGUCACUAAAGACAGCAAAGACAGUCCCUCCCCUUAUUCUGGCGCAGAAUGCGUAAGUGAUGUCAGCUCCAGGACGUCCCCUCCAUUGCUUGUGUUGUGGUGGCUCGUUCUUUGUUGAAUUUCUGUUGUUGUUAUGCAUAUUUUUUUAUAUUAUGCCUGAACGUUUUGUGGUAGGCUCCUGCUCAAACACUUGAGCAGAAGGCGUAAGCUUGUUCACGUUUCCAAAAGACCCAAUUCGCUGCGAUACCGAACUCAUACAGGCAAGUGAAAACCAAGUACCGAUGCAGACGGUACAACCGUGGAAAAGCGUGCCAAGCUGACAGCGCUUGUCAACAAGUGAAGACAGCUCUGGCUUUGCAAACUGAUCCAGUGUCAGCCGAGAGUGCUUCAGCACUUAUUGUAACAGCUUGAAGAUCCACAAAGGGAUGCUGCAACGCAGGUACCAAGGAUGGCCAACAGGUGUACAGUGUGCAUUUUCCCAAAUAAAGGAAAGGUGACUACAUCGUCAGGAAAGUUUUGGAAAAUGCCACUUUUGACUAUGUCAAGGAACUUAUGACAAGUGUUGAAGACGUUUGUUACAGCAAGGACUAUGAUGGAGACAACUUCAAGGACCUGUUGUGUGUUCAACACACACUUUUGCCACUGACAGCUGCACACUGUCAAAAAGAUGCUGUGACAGUGCAUGUAAAUUUGUUUCUGAAUGAAAUGUUGUAUGCUGCUGCCAAUACGUCGGUGUUGAGACAAGGACUCAAAUCCAGUGUGUUCGGUUAUGCAGCUGAUGUUGGGUUGCUCCUGUGUCUUCACUUCAGGCUGUUCUUUCUUCACACUCCCUUCCACAGAGCUCAUUGGCUAACGACGCCCACGUAACCAUCUAUGAAAUAAAUAUCAAGGUCAAAGUUAAACAUUAUUACAUUGAUGCAAAUUUACAUUUAACACAAAUUUAGUAUACAAAUUGUGUCAAAAUAACCACUUCAUUUCAUCGUUUAUUUAUCCAUGACAGCACUAUGACAAAAAUGUUUUACUGAGUACUUUUAUUUUGUUACUGUUUUUUGCAAACUUUUUUUGGUGUCAUGAGCACAUUAAGCAGGAAUCGUGUGAUCAGGUACGGACUUGUCACCCAGGCAGAAUGACCCGCCCUCAGCAAUGGCUGUGUGCGGGUCAUUGCCUUUACUUGUCAGCUUGAGCCAUCAAGUAAAUGCACAUUGAGAAAAAAAUGGAUGGGUUAAAAAAAAAAGACUAACUUUUGCGAUAGCUGGCAAAACAUUUGCGAGAGAACACAAAAGUUGCGUUAUCUCAAGAAACUAUGUGAAGCUACAGAACAAACUUCCAGUCAUAGCUUGCCUCCACAUAGCAAAAUUCGUAUUGAAGUUUCACUGUGAACAUCCGCUCUGAACGCAGAAGUAAAUGUAAUGUAAUGUAAAUGGUUUUGCGAGCUCUUGCAAAAAUGUGUCCUUUUUUUGUAACCCAUCAGUUUUUUUUUUCUCCAUGUCCACUCGGGGGCUCCGUACAGGCGCACAAAAGACAGAUGUAUAUAAACAAAUUUUUUACUGUAGGACGCAUCCUCGGCCACACGAGCACACAAAUGAGUCCGAGCUUCCUCUGACAUGGGACUGGAGGAACAUUGACGGGAAGAAUUACGUGAGCGCCACCAGAAACCAGCACAUACCCCAGUACUGCGGUUCCUGCUGGGCCAUGGGAGCAACCAGCGCCCUCGCCGACCGCAUCAACAUCAAUCGCAAGGGGGCAUGGCCGUUAGCGUACCUGUCGGUCCAGAACGUAAUCGACUGUGGGGGGGCUGGAUCGUGCUAUGGAGGAGAUCACCUGAAAGUGUACUCCUACGCACACCACAGGGGCAUCCCGGAUGAGACCUGCAACAACUACCAAGCCAUCAACCAAAAAUGCCAUCUGUUUAACCAGUGCGGCACAUGCACCUCCCUCAACUGCAGCUUGGUCAGGAACUACACUGUGUGGAAAGUCGGGGACUACGGCAGAGUAUCUGGGAGAAACCGCAUGAAGGCUGAAAUCUACUUCAAUGGGCCUAUCAGUUGCGCCCUGAUGGCCACCCAGGGCCUGGAGGACUACUCAGGGGGCAUUUUCUCAGAGUUCCACCCCCUCUCACUGCCCAAUCACAUCGUGUCCGUGGCUGGCUGGGGCAUGGCGGAGGACGGCACCGAGUUCUGGGUGGUCAGAAACUCCUGGGGAGAGUUUUGGGGAGAACACGGCUGGGCCAGAAUCGUCACCAGCGCCUUUAAGGGAGGAAAAGGCAACUGGUUGAACCUGGGUAUUGAGAAACAUUGUGCAUAUGGAGAUCCCAUUGUUCCAUAGAUUUAUUUCAGUAACUGCUGGAUUAACUGAUAGAUUCACUUUUAGCAACACGCAAUACAAAACUGCCUUUCAACAUUAACCUGCUUCCUUUUUGUCACUUUGCCACUUUGGAAAUGAAAAGGCAUUUUUCUCCCAAACACUUUCAGCCUCUGUCCAACGUGAGUGUGCUGAUUUGCAUGAAAUAAAAACACUGCUUUCUCUUCCCUUCAUGUGAAGCAGCUUCUUGCGGCGACUUUGUGGUUUCAAACUGAGACAUGUUUUUGAAGUCUUCCACAGCGGGUUCAAUGUCUUGUAUGGAAGUGAAUGCCAUCACUGUACAAUACUCACAACAAAAACAAAAGCAUUGACCAGUGCUUCUCAAAUAGUGGUGGUGGUGGUGGUGGGGGCAGUAAGAUUUUGGAGGGAUUGCAAAAAUAAAAAUGUUUCCACCUCUCACCAUAUAUAUAUUCACACAUAUAAAGUAUAUUCACACAUACAGUAUAACAUUCUCAGGAGGGCAAAAUAUUAACAGCGUCACUACACACAUUAGUCCUGCACUAUAAGUACACACUCUUGAAACAAAGUUCCAAUAAAACAAAACUCACCAAAAGUCAAUUCUUGCUCACUAAAAGGUGGUUCUGGUGGAUCACCGACCAGGUAAGUAUCUUUCUAGCGAUCCUUAAUCACUUUACAUUAACUUUUCGUCUCGGCAGUUGGCUCUGCGCUUUCGUCGACUGCACUGCUAGCGCUUAGAUGCCUCAUAAGGUCCAUCAUAAGGGCAAAAAAAAAGUUCAGGAAACAACAAAAACAACCCGAGAAGCCGCCAUUCUCGGCGUUUGCUAACCCUGCUGUUGAUGUCAUUGCACACACUUGGCUGAGCAACAUCAAUUACUGUUUAUGAUACAAUGCUUAUGCUGUAAUCCCCGUAUGGAAAAGUCAAAUGCAACAAAAUGCCAUUCUGGACUUUCUUACAAAAGAAUCUGAGGGAGAACGUCAACGACAGGAGGAGGAGGAGGAGAAGGUGAGCCAGGCCAAAACAGGGAUGUUUUUAAAUCUUGAAAUAAUGUUUGAUAAGAUUUAUAAAUUUGUUGAUGUUCAUAAAGUGCUAUAUUUUUAUUUCUGUUUCAUAUGUAUAUUUGAUACUUUUUCUAUGUUUAUAAAUGUUGUUACAGUGCUGGUUGUAA